AUGUUGAAAGUAAGACCCACUUGUGUUAUGAUGGCUGCAAGAAUCUGCAGACAGUUUGUCCGUAACACUUUUAGUUUUGUUUCUAGGAAUAAGCAUGUUUUAAGAUUUGAUCAAGCAAUAGAAAGUAAAUCUCUGCCUAAAUACCACCUAAAAUUCUUAAAUUUGAACAAAUAUCAGUCAUUUUUAGCCCGAUAUAUCGGUGCUAGAAGUAGGACAAGAUUAAAACACGUGUUUGGGACCGGUACUUUUAUCUGUGCUGUAGCAUACUGUUAUAAUGGGUCUAAAAACAACGCAGCUCAACUGCUUUCAAGUGCACGAAGAAAAGAUUAUGGAGAGGUAGAAAGGGUCAUAAAAAGUGGGGUGGAUGUUAAUUCCAGGCAUCAGCUGGGGUGGACAGCACUACAUGUGGCUUCAAUCAAUCAUGACUCUAGACUUGUGGAACUCCUUUUAAAGUUGGGAGCUGAUCCAAACCUUGGAGAUGAAUAUUCUACAUUCUAUUCCAUGGCACGAGAACAAAGAUUCGAUCCCAUGAGUGUUCUGGAGGUCAGAGAGGAGCAGUUCAAUAACCGCCUCAGUCAGAGAGCCAACUUUAAAGGCUGCACCCCUCUACAUUAUGCCGUCCUGAUGGAGGACUUCACCAUUGUUAAAAUGCUGCUCGAUGCAGGAGCAGAUCCAACUCUUGAAAAUGUUAAUGGCCACAAACCUAUAGACUACACCAAAAACCAGUCAAUGCAAAACAUUCUUACAAAUGCAGAGAGCAAGUUUUUGGAGCUGAAAGAGAAGAGGGCUGCAGAAGAGAGGAGAAAGUUCCCCCUGGAACAGAGACUGAGAGAGCACAUCAUAGGGCAGGACGGGGCCAUUAAUAUUGUUGCUGCAGCAAUAAGACGUAAGGAGAAUGGUUGGUAUGAUGAAGACCAUCCUCUGGUUUUUCUGUUCCUGGGAUCCUCUGGAAUUGGUAAAACAGAACUUGCCAAGCAGGUCGCCAAGUAUCUCCAUAAAGACAUCAAAAAGGGAUUUAUAAGAAUUGAUAUGUCAGAGUACCAGGAAAAACACGAGGUGGCUAAAUUUAUUGGCUCUCCCCCUGGGUAUGUUGGACAUGAGGAGGGGGGACAACUCACCAAAAAAUUAACAGAAUGUCCGCAGGCUGUAGUUCUGUUUGAUGAAGUGGAAAAAGCACAUCCAGACGUACUGACCAUCAUGUUACAACUGUUUGAUGAGGGUCGACUGACAGAUGGUAAAGGUAAAACUAUCGACUGUAAGGAUGCUAUUUUUAUCAUGACCUCUAACCUGGCCAGUGAGGUCAUUGCCAGUCAUGCGUUACAACUACGAGCAGAAGCAGCAGAAUACAAUAAACGGAAAGAUGCAGAGACUCUGGAGGAGUUGGAGGCAGCAGAGAAAAUCACUAUUUCUAGAAAAUUUAAAGACGAUGUUGUACGACCAAUUUUAAAGAUGGCUUUCAAGCGGGAUGAGUUUUUAGGCAGGAUCAAUGAGAUUGUAUAUUUCUUACCGUUUUCCCGCUCAGAACUGAGUAAACUGGUCACUAAAGAACUACAGUACUGGGCCAACCAGGCAGAGAAGAAGCAUGACAUAAAGUUACUAUGGGAUCACAAUGUGGUGGACGUACUGGCUGACGGGUAUGAUGUACAUUACGGGGCCCGCUCUAUUAAAUACGAGGUUGAGAGGCGGGUAGUGACCCAGUUAGCGAUGGCCCACGAGAGACAGCUGAUAGGGAAGGGGUGCGUGAUCCGACUGUCAGCCUCUAAUGCUGAGGACCUGACAAAGUCUGACAAAUCAUCAGAGGACCCUCCGACAAUUAAAUUACAGCUGCUACAGAAAGGAAAGGGAGAUAAAUAUGUAGACAUUAACCUCAGAGGGGGAGAUAAUCCGUUCACAGAGGGGUUCAAAUGAGACAGUUGCAUAAGGCGGAGUGCUUGUUUCUUUGUCUUUCUAGUUUGCAGCCAAUAUCUUGGAUAUGGUUGUUUUUCUUUAAGAAAAAAUAUUUGAAUCAAUGUAAAAUGUUGCAUUGACUGCAAGAUAUUCAGUUUUUAAAAAAAUACAUUUUAUGGGCAUAUCUAUCCUUUCAUAUCAUAUUACAGUGCUGCUUCCUAUUUGUUGUAAACUUUAUUUUUUCUUAUAUUAAAGACAUUACAAUGAUUAAUACAGGUUUAAACCUUUCUUUCCAAAAUGUAAAAUGUUUAUAUAUACAUGUAAUACAAAUGGUGCUGAGAUGCAUUACAAAACAUACUAUCAAUGCAAUUAGUGAAGCUUUGAUUUUUUUUUUUACAGAUGUGUAUAUUAUUUGAAUUAGUGUUUUGAAUGAUUUUUGGUCACUUGAGUCAUUUAGGUGACUUCAUGUUAUAUGCUGUUUUGCAUUUUCAACCAAUUCAUAGCAUUUAUUGAUGAAGGGAAACAAAAGCAUUAAUUUUGUUGCUUUUUUGCUUUCGAGCAUUAAACUUGCAUUUAUUUCUAUAUAUUUUAAGAUUGAUCAUGGUUUGUGACUGGGUACAAUUUUUAUCCAUUUUUUAUGUGUUCUUAUGUAUUUUGAAAACCAGUAAUUUAAUGAUAUAGGGAUAUACAUAUCCAUUUUGUUAUGGAAAACUUGCUUGUAUGGCAUAAAAUCUGCAUAGCAUUAAAGUAAGGUUGUAUUCA